CGUGCGUCGAGGUGUGUGGAUCCGACGUAGAGGCAGUCGAAUGUGUGUCGCCUUGCCUUUCGCGUUGGCAUAACUCGUUCCUCUCUGCGUCAUUUUACCACUGUUUUUUUUUUUUUUUAGUCCUGUAUUCGUUGUAAAUUGUUCGUAGUGCGAUUGUCGUUAGACAGUGAUAAGGAGUGUCGUAUUAAUAUUUAUAGUCGAGUAUUCGUCCCACGUAUCGUCGAUCGUUUUUACCGAGAGUUUUCACGGGAUAGGUUCGUGAAUUCAACACGGUAGUGACAGACAGCCAUUGGAAAGGAAGGAUCGCGCCAGCGGUCGUAUCUUGUCUCGUUUUCGUUUUUGUGUAUCUGUGUAUCCAGCGAGUGGGUUUGAUAUCGGUUUUUAUUUCUUUCUUACUCCGUUCGGAUACACAUUCUCUUCGCAUUUUAUCACUACGCUCCGGAUGAUGAUGCUCUCCUGAUUGACGGACAACCUUGCUUCCGAUAAACAAGGUAUAGUGGCAAAAUGAGCUUUAGAUGACUGUUGGCUGAGCCGUUGCUCGUCAUAUGUUAGCAUGAGCGAAAUAGCUGCUGUAACUGGAUCCAACGGUGGUUUGACCCGCCUGGAGACUGUGGCUCAUGUCAAGAGGCAAAAAUUAACCGGUUACAAUGUUCCUCCCGUGCACGGCAGGCCUAACCCACCGAUUAGCGUGCGAAACAGACUCAGUACGCACCAAAGGAACCUCAGCCUCGACUUCAGAUCUAUGGGAAUCCUUUUGCCGCCGGUACCUCAGGCCACAUCGGCUACACUAACGAUGCAUCACAGAAAUCGUAGCCUGGAUUCGGCUCUUCAAAGAAUUCCAGAAGUCGACGUAACUCCGAGUCCCGAAUGCGAGGCAAAUCCUACUCCGUCGACGAUCGUCGUUACAUCGAUAAAGGGGCACAACAGAGAACGCGAAGACCUUGCAAGUCUUGGAUCUGACGACUCUGGUAUUUUGUGCGGUUCGGAAAGCGGUGCCAGCGAUACGGCUAAUGCGACAACGAGGGAAUCCAGCGUGGAACAUUUGCACAGUAGAGAGAGUUUGGACUCUGCACGUUCGCAAGCUGGUGAUUUGGACAGUGUCGACGUUGUGGAUGGGGAUAUGAGUGCUGUGUCAAAUUCUUGUGUCGAACUAGUGCCUAGUGAUUGUUUAACUAAAGAAGUUUGUAACGGUCGGGAAGAGGAGGAGGACGACGAUGUUGCGGACAGUUUUGACGACAGUGAACCCAAAAAUUUGAACUCCAAAGAUGUUAGAGACCGCCGGCAGGGAGAUUUUACUUCCAAAGAAUUAUGCUGCGGUGAUUGUUCCUCCAAAGACUCUGUGAAAAACAAUGAUAGUGGUCAAGUUGUAUGCAGACAUACCCUCCAUGUCAACGCUUUGCAAAAUGAUCUGGCUGAUGCUGCGAUCACUUUGUGCUGCGGCACAGGUCAACCAGAGACUAAACUGACCAAGAGACAGCUUGAAGUCUGUAGGCAAGAGACUUUGGCCCAACCAAAAUCUUCUAAAGGAUGCUUGCUGAGGUUAUUUGAGAGCCAAGUAUUUGACAUGUCUAUGGCCAUUUCUUAUCUCUUCAAUUCCAAGGAGCCUGGAGUGCAGAGCUACUUGGGUAACAAAUUGUUCAGUUUCCCUGACAACGAGGUGGAUUUUUAUUUACCGCAGCUCGUUUCAAUGUACAUACAAAUGCACGAUGUUGCAGAAGUUAUCCACCCAUAUCUUGUCCAUAGGUGUAGACGGUCAGCAGACUUCUCGUUGAAGUGUGCGUGGCUACUGGAUGCGUAUAGCUCAGAUGCUCACCUUCCCUCCAAAAAGAAGUCUCACGGAACAAAAUUGAAGAAUCUUAUUCUGUCGGACGAGCUUAGGCCAAAAGAAAACGAAGUCAGUCGGCGGCAGCGUGUUUCUGGUCAACAUGUUCCUUUACCGCCGCCACUGCCAUCCAUACAAUUUGUCACUUCACCAAAUAAAAAAACUCAUCAAAGAUCGCAGUCCGACGCUACUGGACUUUUCCAAGCUCUUCGUCGCAGUCAUUCCGGGUUAAUAAACAAAGUGAGCUUGGGAGAUCUGAGUUCUGGACGAGCAUUCGAUAAUGGCUGUACCUGUUUCGAUUCAUGUCAGGGUAUAGUCAAUGACUUGCGUGGUCAAAAAACUGAUUGCUUCUGUGGCGCACCUCGACUAGCUCCGGAGUACGAAUUUAUCCAGUCACUUAUCUCGAUCGGUAAAUUACUCGGCACUAUUCCGACCAAAGAAGGAAAAAUCGUACAACUGGCUGCAGAGUUGAAUGCCAUUAACCUGAAUCUUCCUGCACGUGUGUGGAUACCUCUAUACAGUUCUGUACCACAUCACAUUGUUAGAGUGCCAUCGCAGUCUGCAGCUAUUUUAAACAGCAAGGACAGGGCUCCUUAUAUCAUCUACGUUGAAGUGUUGGAAGUCGAAGAUAUCCAUACUUCACCAGUACCCCCAAAGAUUAUGGGCAGUUCUCUGAGACAUACAAAGUCCGAGGAAAAUCUCACCGCGGACGAACAGACAAAUGUUACGAAUUCCUCGAACAUUACAUCUGCAGAAGCUCAAACAUCUACUUUAUCAACGCUGAGACAAUCUGGAGUUGAUGUAAACAACACAACUGCUCAGGCGAGCGUCAAUGCAACAUUCAAUUCCACUGAAGAUGAUCCCAAUGAUUGCUGGAGUCAGGAGGAUGAAGAAAUAUCAGAACAGUAUUUACAACUGCGAAAGCCAGUGGAUAGAGAUACUAUAUCGCAGCUGAGUCAAGAAUCGUCUGAUAGUCGCGAACCAAAUUUUAUUCCGGGAGACAUAAAAAGGCGUUUAUCUCAGAUGGCUUCUACCCCAAGUUCCACAUUCAACUAUGAUCGUGAAGACCCUUCAGCAGCAGCUCUUAAGGAACCCUGGGAUCUGAAGCAGCGACGUAUCAGGGCUACUAGCCCUUACGGUCACUUUGCGUCUUGGCAGCUACUCGCCGUUAUAGUGAAAUACGGGGACGAUUUUCGGCAAGAACUUCUUGCCUCACAAUUGUUAUCCAUGCUCCAAAAAAUCUGGCAGGAAGAACACGUCCCAUUGUGGGUCAGACCAUACAACAUACUUUGUCUAUCCGAUGAUAGCGGUUUUAUAGAGCCCAUUCUGAACACAGUCUCGGUUCAUCAAGUAAAGAAACAUUGCCAACUGACAUUGCUGCAGUACUUUGAACGAGAAUUCGGCCCUCGUACCUCGGAAGGCUUCCUCACGGCCCAACGAAAUUUUGUGGAAAGCUGUGCCGCAUAUUGUCUUGUUAGUUAUCUGAUACAAGUCAAAGAUCGUCACAACGGAAAUAUUCUUCUACACAGCGAUGGUCAUCUUAUUCAUAUUGACUUUGGCUUCAUGCUUUCCGCAUCACCUCGCAACAUUGGUUUUGAAACGUCCCCAUUCAAGCUCACUCCCGAGUUUGUGGAAGUCAUGGGUGGCGACAGAUCGGACAUGUUUAACUACUUCAAAAUCCUUAUCCUUCAAGGUUUGGUCGCAGCUCGCAAACAUAUGGACAAGAUUCUCAGUCUGGUUGAGAUUAUGAGAUCUGGUUCUCAACUUCCGUGUUUCCGUAGCGGUGCAGCGACUGUACAGGGAUUAAAAAAUCGAUUUCACUUGAGUUUGACCGAAGAUCAGCUGCGACGACAUGUGGAAGAUCUUGUUAAAGGUAGCAUCGGUUCUUGGUCAACAAAAUUAUAUGAUCAUUUCCAGUACUUCACUAACGGAACACUUUAAUGAGCAGAUCGAAUUUUAGCCACUGUGUGUGUGUGUGUGUGUGUGUGUUUGUGUGCGCGCGAGCGUGUGCGUGCGUGCGCGUGUGUGUGUGUUUGUGUGUGUGCGUGCGCGCGUGUGUGUGUGUGUGUGUAAGGAUCAUUGUGUUAUUUCUACGUUUACAAAUCGCGUACACAACGUGUUAUACAAUCACUAAAAAUUGAAUUGAGAAGAUUAAAGUUUGCAUGGAAAUCUGAUAAACGGCCAAUCUUUGAUUGCUUGUACGAAGAUAAAUGCGACUCUUUAUAAGAAAAAAGAAAAAAUAAUAUGAAAAAACAAAUACAACGUGAUUACAAGCGACGAAAACACUCGAGUGACACCGCAAAUUACAAUUACAAAAAGGUAGCUAUACUAUAGUGCCGAUUUUUUAGACGGAUACUUACAUGCUGGACCUAUAGAUCCGUUUUGUACAACAGAGUAAUUUGUUGGAGGUGCCUUAAUAUGUAGGAAUGGUGAAAAAUUGGUCAAAUUUAGUGCAGUGAUGGUUUUGACUGUAGUGAUUUUAUAUGAUUGCUGGAAACGUCAGCAAGAUAAUCCUAUAAUUUGUACAUACAGUAUGAGAGUGAAUUCUUGUUGGGUCGUAGUUAGUACUCGGCAAUAAAUAACAUUACCAUAACGUUAUAUAACUGUUGAGUCUUUCAUCUGAGUGAAAAAGUCGCAGUAAGAAAGAAAUAUCUGAAAACUAAUAAUAAUCCUAAUAGUUUUUCAGGGCUGGGGCUAAGAUUACUAAGAUUUGGAGACGAAUACUCAAAAAUUUUUUCCUAUUAUUAUACAUUUAAUAUUAUUAUACAUAAUAUUACAAUUUAUCGUGGCAGGCUUAAUAAGGAAUACUAAGAGAUAAAGCCGACAAAAAAACUAAAGCAUAAAAUUAAAUUAACUGGAUAUUAAUAACGAAAUGAAACUUAAAAUUUUUACUUCUUUCUUAUUCAGUAACGUAGUGGACUGAGUCUAGCUACAUUGAUAAUUGCAAAGCUAUGCCAAAAUGAUCGAUUUAGAAAAUAUUUGGUUAGAUAAAUUUUGAUCCGAAGUGAAAGAUAUCGUAUAACAAGUUAAUUUCGUAUGUAAAUAGUAUAAAAUAUAUAACGAUUAAUUAUUUAACGAUUGAAGAUGAUUGUGUGAAAACAAAUCCAAGUCAUGGUGAGUAAGCCCAGAGUGUGAGGGGCCUGGGCUCUCUGACUUCCAAGUGUCUUAUCUCUCUUCUCCGUCAAAAGUCUAAUGGUGGACAGGCAAGCCAAUCGUAAACUACCUACCAAUCGUAAAGUGACAAAAUUUAAGCUUUGAAAAUUCUAUGAUUUUGUCCCUAUCCCGAACUGCUAAGUAUUCAUACAUAUAAUAUAUAUAUAUAUAUAUAAAUAUUAUAUAAUAUAUAAUUACACGCAUUAGCAGUUAUUUAUAUAUUUUUAUUAUAUGUGCACGGGUACAGUUUAAUCGUCUAGUUUCUCUGUGCUUGAAAUUUUUUUCAAGAUUAUUGUGUCACUGCGCUACAGCCUAAAUUUGCUUAUCAAUUGGUACUUCACGUUCAAUUUUUUAUACUACAAUUAUUCUCAGCGAAAUUAAAAACUUUACUGCGAAUUAUAUUUUAACAUCACCCUAAGUAUGUUAGCAAUGCAUUUUCAAUAGUAAAGAUAUAAUAUAACGAAAUAUACUUUAACAGGUGUUAAAAUUUUCCGUAAAAUCAUACAGGUAGUUUGCAAAGUUUUAUCAAUCAAUGGUACGCCUUGUUCUCUCUCACUCCGUCAUGAGCUCUAUUAAUUAUUAAAGUAGUAAUAAUAAUAAUAAUAUUAAUAAUAAUAAUAAUGAUAGUAAUAAAUUCAAGAUGCAAUUA